UUGUUUGGCUUCUUUGUUCCAGCGGCAAAGACGCACUGGUGAAAUGGUGGGAUCUGAACACCCAGCACUGCUUCAAAACUCUGGUUGGACACCGUGCUGAGGUUUGGGGGAUGGCUUUGAUAUCUGAAGAGAAGCGUCUGAUCACUGGGAGUGCUGACAGUGAGCUGAGGGUGUGGGAUAUCACGUACAUCCAGGAGGUAAAAGACCCUGAUGAGCCAGAAUCCAAGAAAAGCAAAGGAACUUCGCCUGGAGCAGAAGAAAACACUGAAGACGAUGAGACCCUGGUGUCAGAUGAAUGUCCUGAGGAACGCCUCGUGAAGUGCAGCAAAGUUGGAUCCAUCAUACGGGAAGGGAGAGACCGAGUGGUCACUCUUGCCACAGACCGAACGGGCAAGAUUUUGGCCUGCCAUGGAACAGAUGCCGUUCUGGAAGUGUUCUCCAUCCUUUCGAAAGAGGAACUCCAAAAUAAAUUGGAAAAGAAAAUGAAGAAAGCAAAGAAAAAAGCCAAACAGGAUUCUGAAGAGGAACCGGAGAGGCCUGUGGAGCUGAGCCUGCAGGAGGAGAUUCAGCGGGUCACUAACAUCAAAGCUUCUUCUAAAAUCAAGUCGUUCGACUUGAUCCUCUCUCCGAAAGGAGAGCUGAAGAUCGUGCUGCUGCUCCAGAAUAACAUCGUUGAGUCGUACAACCUGAAUCUGUCAGCACAAGUCCUGCAGGCUGUCCGUGCCUCCAAGAUAACCAUCGGGGGCCACCGCAGCGAUGUCAGGACGUUGGCUUUUAGCUCUGACAACAUUGCCGUUCUCUCGGCAGCUGCGGAGUCGGUAAAGAUCUGGAACAGAGCGACCUUGCAGUGCAUCCGGACAAUGGACUGUGAAUAUGCGCUCUGCUCUCUCUUUGUCCCGGGAGAUCGGCAGGUCAUCGUCGGCACCAAGACAGGGAAGCUGCAGCUGUAUGACCUGGCUUCCGGGAGCCUGAUGGAGACACUCAGUGCUCACGACGGGGCGGUGUGGUCCAUUGCUCUUUCACCAGACCAGCGUGGCUUUGUGACAGGAGGCGCCGAUAAAUGCGUCAAGUUCUGGGAGUUCGAGCUUGUGAAGGAUGAGAGCAGCCUUCAGAAAAGGCUUUCCAUAAAACAGGUGCGCGUUUUGCAGCUGGAUGAAGAUGUUCUCUGUGUGCGGUACAGCCCCAACCAGAAACUGCUGGCUGUCUCCUUGCUGGAUUGCACUGUGAAGAUUUUCUACGUUGACACGCUCAAGUUUUUCCUCUCUCUGUACGGACACAAGCUGCCGGUGCUGUGUAUGGACAUCACCUACGAUGGGACCCUAAUUGCGACCGGCUCUGCUGACAGGAACGUGAAGAUUUGGGGCUUGGAUUUUGGGGACUGUCACCGCUCUCUCUUUGCCCAUGACGACAGUGUGAUGUAUCUGCAGUUUGUGGCGAAAUCCCAUCUCUUCUUCACAGCUGGGAAGGACAGCAAGAUUAAGCAGUGGGAUGCAGAUAAAUUUGAGCACAUCCAGACACUGGAGGGGCAUCACCAGGAGGUGUGGUGUUUGGCACUCAGUCCCAACGGAGACUACGUAGUGUCGGCAUCCCAUGACAAAUCCCUGCGCCUCUGGGAAAGGACGAGGGAGCCACUCGUAUUGGAAGAGGAGAGGGAGAUG